AGUCGCAGCUCGGCCGCUUCUUCUUCUUCUUCUUGGAGCGCGGUACAAAUCUUUUCAGUUGAGUUUGGAACGCGUAACCGUUAAAACGUACAAUCUUGGAGCGGAAGUUUCAAGUUUCUCCAUUCCAUUUUUUGCGCGCAUUUGAAUAUAUUUUUUUACGGCACCAAACAUGCAGCGAUUCCAAGUGUGCAGCGUCCUAAUCCUGGCCUGGAUUGCCUGUGGACAUGCCCUGGCCGUGGGAUCUCCGGAGUGCCCCGAGAAGUACGGCGUGCAGGCGUACGCCCACACGGAGAACUGCGACCAGUUCUUCCUCUGCACCAACGGCACCCUGACCCUGGAGACCUGCGAGAACGGACUGCUCUUCGACGGAAAGGGCGCGGUGCACAACCACUGCAACUACAACUGGGCGGUGGACUGCAAGGGCCGCCAGUGGGAUCCCACUCCCAUCUCCACGCCGGCCUGCGAGUACCAGUUCGGUCUGUACGCGGUCUCCAAGGACUGCUCCACCACCUACAUCAAGUGCGCCCACGGUGAGCCCCACGAGCAGGACUGCGACGCAGGACUGGCCUACGACGAGAGGAUCCACGGCUGCAACUGGCCGGAUCAGCUGCUGGAGCACUGCAAUCCCGAGGCGGUCGUCGGCUUCAAGUGCCCCACCAAGGUGGACCCGAACUCGGUGGCCGCCCGCUUCUGGCCCUUCCCCCGCUUCCCCGUCGCCGGCGACUGCCACCGCCUGAUCACCUGCGUGGAGGGGCAUCCCCGCCUGAUCAGUUGCGGCGAGGACAAGGUCUUCGACGAGCACACGCUGACCUGCGAGGAGCCGGAGUACGCCAGCGGCAGCUGCGCCAACUACGGCAAAUAGGGAUCGCCGGCCGCUCUGUAUAUGCCCACGAACAAAGUGCAGUGCUAUCUCGAUAAUGUGAACGUUCGAAUUAAAGGAGAUACAUACUUGUUUGCUGCAAACUGGGAGUUAUGUUGUUUUGAAGCACCCCUAGGUUUCCAUUGGUUCGCUGAUUCGAGUGUGCACUGUAAGCUCCGACUAACCAACUACUUCCGUCCCUCCGUCUCUGCACUGUAAAAAACUUCCUAGCCCAAUAGCUUGUUAACCUUUUUGCUUUCUAACCGUCUUUAUCUUUCUUUACCUCUCCUUUCUGUAUUAUUAACUUGUUUUGUUGUUUGGUCUCUUUUGUAUAUGAAUCGCAAUAAAGUUAAUUUUAUUUAUUGUACAUUUCUUCAAGGCAAAAAAAGCCAUUUUUUGGGGUUCGGUUUCGCCCCCAUUUGCGUUUCCUUUGGAAUCCUAC